GCAGACUAUAAGAAGCCAUCGAUUCUGUUUCCAUUAUAGUUCCGUUCCGACCCUUCGUUGAACUGAGCAGAUAUGGAGCUCAAAGGAGUUGUGCUACUGAUGUGUGUGCUGGCUGUCAGUGCCAAUAGCAUUGUCAAGGAAGCCACCGACAACAUUGCAGCCGUUGAGACAGUGGAUUCGACCAGCGUCGUCAGCACCGUAGACUCUGUAAGCACUGAAGCAACCGUGACCCUCGAUAACACCACCAGCAAUCAGUCACCUUCCAUGAGCUACGUCAGUAAGCAACGCGAAAAUAAACUCUACAAUUUUAUCGUGGCAAGGAAAUUUGAUGAAGCUGUCGAGAACACAAUUUCCUUGUAUGGCGCAGGCGGGUGCAAUAUCAUCGAACAGGUCAUUGAACGGUUGUUCGACGAGGGUCAAUCUAUAGUAUUUGAUUACUCCUACAAACUCUCAAUCGCCGGGGCCCGGUACGUCGCACGCAGUUGCUUCCCUGCGGCAAUCAGAAUCCACGAAAGUUUGGUAUUCGCAAAAGUGAUUAACAAGAGGGACGGGUACGCUCUUACGUACAGUAGACGGGUGGACUCCGAUGGUGACCGAAGAAUUUUAGGCGAUCGUAACACUCAAAACAGAAUGGAUAUUACAUGGUGGUUCGUCCCUUAUUGGCUGGGAGACAGGCUUUAUUUCGAGAUGCGUCCUCUUAGAAUGGCUAUGUUCUUAAAAUUAGGAAACACUAGAGACGAAGACGACGACCAUACCGCUUAUAUAUCUGACGACCACGCCACGAACAGGCACUUCUGGACCAUACAGCCGGUGAAGCACAAUGGCGAGCUCCUGUUCUACAUCAUCAACCGGGAGUACGAUGAGCUUCUUAAAUUCGGUCAAUCAACCAAAUACGACGGAUACCGCAUUGGUUAUGGCCACUCGACGAGGGACUUCAACCCGAAUAAGUUCUCUUGGUACAUUGAUGUAAUAUGAUUGUGUUUCAAGAAAUUUCAUUUGUAACAAAAACAAAAUAAACUUCAUUACAAAUCA